AUGGGGAAUGCCAGGGAAGAGGGAGAGUUCAGCCCGGGGCAGAUGCGAGAGGAUGAAACGCUGGGGGAUGAGCGGCCUGAGCACACGACAUGGGUGCUGAGGGUCCCUCCUCCAGGAGCCCCAGCUGUGCCGGACAAGUGCUGCUUCAUCUUCCAGGCGAGAAGGAUCAAGAGGGACAACAUCAUCACCUGCUACCCCACCAGCCCCGAGUGCCCGCACCAGGCUGUGAUCUUCAGGCUGAAGAACGGGAAAGAGAUAUGCACCCAGGCAGCCAGGGCCUGGGUGAAGAAGUACCAGCAGAGCUUCCAAGUCAGCUCCUUCUCCCUCCCCAGCUAGUGGGGCAGCCAGAGGCAGCAUGGGGAGUCCCCUCCAUGGUGGGGGACACACACAUGAUGGUGACCCCUUUGCAGAGGCAGCUGUGGGGACACUCCAUCGGGAAACAGCAGCUCACCAGGAACAUCCUCCCCAUCACGCUGCAGUGACCACCCCCCGCAGGCCAAAGGCCUUUGCCAUCCCCAGCACCCGCCUGGGAUGGGGUGUGCCCACUCCACGGGGUGCCGGGGUCCAGACCCCCUGCCAGUCCCCAUGCUCUCAGCCCUGCUUUGCAUGCAGGCAGCUGCCUGUACCCUUUGCAGUCUGCCCUGGCCAGCCUGGCAGCAGCAGAGGGGUUAAGGGGCAGCUCCUCUCUGGUUAUUUUUCUACAACACAGUGAACAGA